AUGUCGAAAAAUGAGAGCAGCAACUCGAACACACCUGAUAGCAAACCUAAAGAGAAGCGAUAUUGUCCACGGAGUUGUGUUCGUUACGAUAAUACAAUUUUCUGUCCUACUUUAUGGGUGUGUAGGAUGUGCUUGAAAUGUUUAUUAAGCUUGGAUGCGUGUAAAAACCAUGUCAAAAUUUGCAACCCAAAGAAGCCUCCGCCGGGCACACCGCCUAUACCGAUUCCAUCACCCAAAAGUACUCCGGUUCCACGCAAAACAACUCCAGUUCCACCUACAGGAACUAAUCAAAAGAAUGAAGAUAAUGAAACUCAUUAUAUCUGUCAAAUUUGCGAUAGAGUAUUCUCGAGACGGGUUAGUCUUUUAAAACACAUAAAGGACCAUAAGAAGAUGAAUAAUGAAGAUUCAGACUCAGAUUAA